AUGUAUAUCCCAAGCGCGCAACAGAUUAUGGCGGCGGGGUUGGCUGCUACCGGGUGUAUGAGGGGGAUGGGGAAGGAUUCAAUCGCAUCCGGCAAAGUCCUCGAUUACGCAGUCGAAAAGUGUCUUGAUUCCGACGGGAACGUGCGAUGUACGAAGCCCUUCUUGGUCGAGAAAGAUAAGUGUUAUAACGUUGAGUGGAGCACCAAUGCUACGUUGAGCCAUACCACUGUGGAGGUUAGGGAUGCGGGGAGUGGUGAGAUGGUCUACUACAGAGACACAAACGGCCAAUGGACCCCCGACAAGGGCGAGUUGGUGUAUCUUGACUUCAAGCCAAAGGUGUGGAAGACUGGGAAUGAUACUGUUGAGUACUCGGUCAAGACUUGCAAAUAA